AUGACAAAGGAAAAGCCGACUCCACCGCGGCGGACACGUAGUGAUGCGCAGCUGGCCCAAAAACGACAGAGCGAUCGCGUCACGCAUCGUCACAAUCGUGCAGAGGCAAAACAGCGCAUGCUCAAGGUCGAGAGGGAUGUGGAGAACACUGCGCAGCGCAUUGCCAACAUUGAGAGCAGCGUGACAUCUCUCCGUGACGAUCUUCGCGCUAUUCUCUACCAGUUGCAUCAGGGCCAGGCGCCUGGUAGCGCAGUGUCCCGGUCCGAUUCCCACCAGCAAUAUGCGCCUCAACAAGCCUCCACCCAAGCAUUCACGGGAGUUUCCGGACCACUGAACACGCACCCCGUCAACCAGCAACCAUCCCCCGCUGACGCACAGAGACCACAGACGCUCAGCGCCUCGUAUCCACAUGCCGGGCUACAGGUCGAGUGUCGCUGCGGCAGAGAGCACAAAGCGCGAAGCGAAUGCGCCGAGUACUCCAGCUUUGCCUUGCUGUACCAUCAAACGCAGGCUGCUUUGCGCGAGAGCCCCGCGAUCAAUGAACCCUUGCCGCGGAACCCAGCCUUGGAGGAUCUACUCUCUCGUCCCAAGAGUGACAAUGGUCUGGCACUGGGCUUAGGAUCCAUGAUUCGGCAUUUCAACAUGGCCAACGUCGAAACGCAUCUGGGCUUCAUUUUCCUUGCCUAUCGGUUCAUGCGGUGGCGAUUACAUCCAGACGAGGCAUCUCUAGAAGAUGUGCCAGAGUGGCUGCGCUUGACAUCCGUUCAAGAAUCGACACUACAUCCUCUCAUCAUCGACUACAUACCUUGGCCGACUUUACGCGACUAUCUCUGCCUCAAUCAGCGCCAAGACGACAGACACAACGCAGAACUGUAUAUGAGAUCGUUCCGGCUCAAGUGGCCCAGCUCUCAGCAGCUUUUGUCCUUGAAUGUCUCGGGCAAAGUGACUCUCCAUCCCGACUUCGAAAACGUGGUGUGUGAUAUCAACAACUGGACAAUGGGCUCCCCUUGGACAGAUGUCUUUCCUUACUUGCAUAUGCAUGUCGGCCUCUGA